AUGGCUCUGCGACGUUGUCACCUAAAUCCGAAGAAAACCUUGUUCCUGCUAUGUGAUAUACAGGAAAAGUUUCGGCUUGCCAUGCCUCUUUUUGAGAAUAUGAUCAAGAAUGUGGACAAGCUGACCAAAGCCGGCAAGGUGCUAGAUGUACCCUUGAUCGUGACCGAACAUUAUCCCGAGAAGCUUGGCAAGACUGUGGCCCAACUAGAUGUGAGCCAUGCAAAGCUGGUCUCUAGUAAGACCCUCUUUAGUAUGGUUACACCGGAGGUGAAGGCAGUUAUCAAGGAUAUAUUUAGCGGAAAGCCGGAAGAUGUGGUCCUGUACGGCUUGGAGUCUCAUAUUUGUGUGGAGCAGACCGCCAUUGAUCUCUUGGAGCAGAACAUCAACGUGUACAUAGUGGCGGACUGCUGCUCUUCUCGUCUAAACCAGGAUCGGGACUUGGCCCUGGACCGAUUGCAACAGGCAGGCUGUGUGAUAACCACAAGUGAGAGCGUAAUUUUUGAUCUUGUGCGAGAUAAGAACAAUGCCCAAUUCGAUACGAUACGGAAACUAGUCAGCCAGACCUCGGUGGACAUGGAACUUAGGCGCACUGGUGCCGGGCUGCCGGUGGGCAGUGCAAAGUUGUGAGGCGUCUGUUUUGUUAUCCUUUUCUAGUGGUGUCAAAUGCAUUUGUAUAUAAGAAGAAUUUGUUAUUUAAAUGGGGUUUAAAUUUCCUUCGAUUAUAAAGCACACAAAUUAUAA